CACACAAUCGACGACAACUACAGUUCAGCAGUAGGUAGCUCGAAAGGACAAAUUGAUCUUGAUCACAAAUAUGGCAAACUUAAUUAAGUGUAUGUUGGUACUGUCUUGCCUGGUGGUCUCUAUCGCCUCGGCUCAGUUGCCAUCCAUCACCGAUGGCUUCCAUCCCUCCUCAUCUGCAAUGCUGCCGACCCACAACUCUGCAGCCGUUCCUACCACUAAACACGAUAUCACCUAUCACGAUUACCCUACUUCUACGCUGUUAGGUUCCCACGUUGUAUUCUUAACAACAUGUCUGAAGGAUCUGAAAGAUUCCAACCACAAAUUGGCACAAACAUCGAAACUUUUGGUAGAAACGAAUACCGCCGUUGACAAUGUAAAAAAAGAAUUGGAGGAAAUAAAAAAAAUGCCAAGUUCUAACAUUGACAGUUUCAAAAAUGAGUUGAACGAUACAAAGCAACGUUUGACUGAAGCCACUGCUGUAAUUGGAACUUUAAAGAAUGAAUUGAACGAUUCAAAGCAACGUUGGACUGAAGCCACUGCUGUAAUUGAAAUUUUAAACAAUGAUUUGAACGUCGUUAAACAAGACGUACAAAGUACGAAGUCCAAAGUUGGAGAUUUGACGUCAGAAUUGACAAAGAGUACAGCCUCCUCAUCCAUUGGCAAAAUCCCCACCUCAUGUGCAGACCUUCAGAAAAUUGGCCACAAAAAAAGCGGAAUGCAUUCCAUUAUGGAAAGCAACAAAGUCGUAACGGUCUAUAGCGAUUUCACUAAAUUAUCAAACGAUUCAGCUUUACAAAAAUGGAUCGGCUAUGCUGACGUCAAAUCCCUUCCCACCUUUUUCUACGCUCAGAAAACGACCCGAUUCUCCACAAAAGGUGUACCUAUUCCAUUCGAGUACGAGAAACUCAACGUCGGUAAAGCCAUGAACGGGCAAAAAGGAAUCUUCACAGCCCCACGCAACGGCGUCUAUUUCUUUGCCUUCAGCGGAGUUGCGACAAUAACAGCACCAGAUGGUUAUAUUGAUAUAGCCUUGAUGGUGAACGGUAAUCAAGUCGGAUUAGCCGAGUGUCAUUCCAAGUCAGGCAAUGGUGAAUGGGAAACUUUUUCGCUGCAGUCGACGAUAGAUCUUAAAGCGGGAGAUCAAGUUUGGUUGCAAAUCAUUGUCUUGGGCUCGGCUUAUAUACAAGACGACAGUGGCCAUUACAAACACUUCACUGGUUGGUUGUUAUCUGAAGAUAUUUCCCCGUAAUUAAAGAUCAAGUUCUUGUUUCUCCCAGAAACUUUCUUACGUUACAUUUUGAUCAUUGUGUAUGGGCAUAAAAGAAAUAAACGUUGGGAUUUAAAUGACUACAA